AUGGAUCAUGUCCGGGCAUUUUCAUCUCCUCAAUUAACUGCAAAUAACAAUGUACAGCAAGAACUUGGUAUGGAAGGCCUUGCCACAAAUGUUAGAUUAUUGUUGAAACUAAUUCAAGAUCAUAACGGGGCUACCACAAAGGAAAACGAUGAGAGGAAGUUUCAUAGGGUGAAUGGUAUGAUGUUUCUCUUAGAUGAGGUUAGGACAAGGGUUCAAAAGGUUCAACAUUCUACCAAGAAAAGAGCUGAACUUAGGAGGUGUAACACUGACCUUAGGCCAAACAUUCCGAAGGACAAAAAAGCUCCUGAUGUGCCUGUAGAUGAUAAAGAGAGACUAAAGAAAGAGCUAACUGCAAGCUUGGUGGCACGGCAGAGUCUUCAAGCGAUGUGUUCGAGUUUGGGAAAAGAAAAGCAAAUCAUGGCUUCUGAACUUGCUAGAAAGGCUCAAGAAUUGACAGAACUAGAGGAGCUUAUCGGGGAUCUUAAAGCUCAGAAUGACAUGUUGAUGGGGAAGUUGCAUGCUUGUAGUGCGGGUGGAGUUGAAAUGGAAGGGAAUAUAGUCCUUCAAGAGCGUAACAAGGCUCUUUCUGAACAACUUCUAAAAUCCAUUGAUGGUUACAGGUCUAUGAAGAGGAAAGUAAAAGACAUGCAAGGGGAAAAAGGGGAAAUGCUUGCUACAAUCGAGCAGAUGGGGUUAGAAGUUCAAUCAGGCAUUGACAGGAUUCAUGACUUCAAGGAAAAAAUGGUAAAUACUACUCUAGAGACAAGUGAUGUCAAAGAGGAAGUAUCAGUUUUAGAGCAUAUGCUUGAAUCUCUUAGCAUGAAAAUAUCAAAACUUACAGAGAAAAAAACUUAA